AUGGGUGUGCCCAGCCUGGCCACCGGGGGGACGGGGACCUUGGGCCAGGGCACUCGUGUGCUCCCCACAGUCCCACACACAGCCCCGCCCCACAGUCCCAGUCCCACAGCGCCGUCCCGCGGCCCCGCGCGGGAGCUGCGGAAGGGCCGGUCUGUGCUCACCAAACCUACAGGAGCGGAGCAAAGCAAACGAAGGUUUUCUAACAGCGUGAGUUCAACCUUUGCUUCAACUCUAUUUCCUGCAGAUUUACUAAAGGGUUUCUCCUUUUGGAGCAAGCGCCUCCGCAGCCCCUCGGAGGGGUGUGCGGGCCCCUCGCUCUCGGCACAGCCCCACGCCCUCACCCUCGGGGGCAGAGCACGGGCCCUGCCCGGCUCCGGGAGGGUUGGGGUGCUGGGCACCAUCCUCACAGGCUCGGUGCCCCUCUGCUCCCGGCAGCGCAUCUCGGACCACCCCAGAGAACCACGGUUCGAACGUCUCUGUUCUGUUUCGCUCAAAAAAUGGACAGCAUCCUCCUCGCGGUGCAGCCGGGGCGAGCCACUGAUCGCACAGGAGGGGAACACACGGAGCUCCUGCAAUACUUUGGUUUCUCGUUGCACCGAGGACUCCCAGAAGUGCUCCCAGCAGGCAGAGAGCACCCGCCCACACCUGCCGGGAAGAUCGUUUUGGUGUUACUUCAGCAAGAACUUUUUAAUACACACACACCGAGCUGAUCCUCACCGGGAAGGGCAGGCAGAGCUGUUUCCAGGACACAGACGUUUCUCUAAGAUCUGAAGGCACGAGAACUUGCAGUUUCCAGUGUUGCUCCUGUUUUACCUCAGACAUAAACCUGAGCAGAGUUAGACACACACAAGGCUCAGGUACUGAAGCAGAGGUUCACAGCAGUGAACCAGCAGGCCCAGGUGUUAAUUUACAGCAUCACUGCAAACCCAAACCCAAGAGGGCCACUGACAGCAUCAGGUGAUGCUUCUCCUUGAAGAGAAGGCACCGGUCUGUUGCAAAAGAAGCAGUGAUAACCCUGGCACUGGUCUGUUAGGCAACAUCAGAGAGACAGCUUCUCCAUUUUCUUCAGAAAAAAGUGCUACUGAAUUUAGUUACAUUGCAACAACAUCUACAGCCAAAAACUUCAACAAAACUGCAGUUUAAUUUCAGAAAAUGUGUUAAAAUAUAUAUAUAUUUGUACAUCAAUUUGACACACUGCGUUAGUUUACACAAAUGAUGGUCUUCCUUGAAAU